AUGUGGCUUCUGCUCAACCCGAGAGGGGAGGAGACCGCAGGCGCUAUCCUUGUACAAAACAGGGAAGAUCCCGGAAGUAGAUCCAGGCGGCAGUGUGUCGACCGUAGUGAGCAGAAGCGUCGCAUAAAACAACAAAACCAGGAGAACGAUGAGCAGCCUACCUUAGCUAACUAUGGAAUUGAAGAUCACCUGUUUGAUUCAGAGAACGAGUCCGCAGUACUCCCCUCUCCAAUCCCGUGGAUAUCACGCUCAGGGUCGAAGGGGAAUAAGGUCGAACAGGUGGCCGGCAUAAAAGGCAGUAGCAUCAUUCCCUCAACUCCCGCGUCCCCCACUUUGCCUUCCCCAAGGCAUCUUUCUCCUUCGCCGUCGUUCUCAUCCGACACGUCGAAGCCGAAGAUUAUCUACAAAAGCAAGGCCAGUCCGCCGUCGCCACCGCCGCCUCCACCCGACUACCUCAAACAUGAGCACGGAAAUCACGCAACGGCCAGAAGGCUCAAAGAGGAAUUGAAGAACUCGAGCAGGAGAGAAUGUCGGGAUGCCACCAACGACAUAACAAGUCCAAGGAAUGAGCAGGCCGAUAAUUGCGGGGAGGACGUUGCAGAGGCGUCUGGUGGUGCCACAGAAGAAACGUCAAACCAUGAAGCGGGAGGAGGGGAAGCGAAUGAGGUGGACAAGAAGGCGGAUGAGUUCAUAGCAAGAUUCAGAGAACAGAUCAGACUUCAGAGGAUCGAGUCGAUCAAGAGAUCCACCAAGCAGCGAAGUAACAAGAAGCAACAAGUCGUGUGA